AAAAAGUCUUUAUAGAAUAGAAAUAAGGAUAGGAAUAAGGCAGAAUGCCUAUUAAAACAAUUGAUUCAUAUACAGAAGAAUAUAAGCUUUUUAAUUAUCAGCCAUUAAGUGUUUUAAAGGAUUGUCGUAUUGGUAUUGAAGCAAGUUAUUAUUUAAAACAGCUUGUAAAUCAUCUUCCUAUUAAGGAUCCAUUAAUUCAUGCAACGGCGUCAAUACCAGUUGGUUUAAAGACUCGAAUAUUACGUGAUCUCAGCAUUUUAGAACAAAAUAAGAUUGAGCCAUUUUUUGUUUUUGAUGGAUUACGUUUAACAUGUAAAAACAAAAAGGUUCCUGACGAGAAUUAUUUUAAAGUGUGUGAAGAGGCAUGGAAAAGCUAUAGUGAGGGGAAAUUUCAACAAGCAUCUAAUGAAUUUGGGCAAUUAGCUAAUAUUGAAAUUUCGUCUUUAUAUAAAACAUUAAUCAAUAUUCUCUUGGAAAAGAAGAUGGAGUUUUUAGUUGCUCCGUAUUUAUCUUGGGCUCAAUUAGCUUAUAUGAUAGAAACAACUCAAUCCCAUAUUGAUGCGAUUUUUGGGUCAAGUAACAUAUUAUUGUUUAAUGUCGAUCGUUUGAUUAUUAAUUUUGAUUUUGAUUAUUUAAUUUUUUCUUGGUUAGAUAAACAAACUAUUCUUUCAAGUUUGGGCGGAAUUACUAAUGAGCAGUUUUUGGAUAUAUGUAUACUUUUAGGAUCAGAUUUUUGUCCUACUUUUCCCCCACUUGAGAUGAUUUUUCAAGUAAACGGUGAUGUUUUUAGAUUUUUACAAGAUGCCAUUAAGAUAUUUAAAUCUGGGAUUAACACGAUUCUAAAUUAUCGUCAUACCUUUCUAACGAAAUAUUCGGAUUAUUUGGACUCUUUUUUUAAGGCUGUUUGCAUAAUUAAAUAUCAUAUUGUUCUUAUGGAAAAUGGUAAAUUAUUACCACUUAAUGAAUCAGAUGCACCAAGUGAUAUUCAUGAAUUUAUUAGCACAAGACUUCCAGAAGAAAUAUAUUUUUAUCUUUCAAGAGGAAUAAUUGGACCUCAUGUUAUAAAUAUUCUUAUAUCAGGCAUGUUACUAGAAAAUACGCCUAUGGAUACCAGUGAUAUUCAAGAAUAUAAAGAUUUUUUGGAUAAUAUAUUUGUAAUACAAACUCAAUCUUUAAACCUUCUUACUCAGCCCCUUCAUCGAUUUUAUCAAGCAAAAAAUAUAUCUGCCUAUUAUUGGUUUGAGCCGGAUCAAGAACAUAAAAUCUCUCACAAAAUGACACCAAGUAUUUAUGAGUUAGUAAAAACAUGGAUGAUUAAAGAGGAUAUUGUUAAUCAGAUAAAAAUGACUAUACCUGAAAAUAAAAUAAAUUUUUUAAGUUUUUUUAAAUAUCUUUCUGAUCCUAAAAUAUCUAAGGAGUCAGUUUCUGAAAAAACAGAUAAUAAUAUAAUGCAAAGUAAUGAACAAAUAUUAUCUAGCAUAUAUGGAAAAUUUUUUCAAUUAAGAUCGUUUAUAAAUAAUGAUCAUUCCCUUUCAGCAUGGGGUUUAGCUUUGUUGGAUUCAUUAAAAAUAUGUCAUGAAAGUCAGCAAAAUUCAGUCGUUCUAAUAUUUGAGUUAUUACGAUUAAAAACUUUUAGACAAGGCAAUUUAUUUACUACAUACCAAAAAGAAUCACCUGAAAAAAACGAAGAAAUAUCUUCUUUUAUAGCAUUAAUAUCACGAGUGGCGUGCUUAUCUGUUUUACACCAGAAAGAUGUAGCAUGGACGGGUCCUUUGAGUAAAGAGUUGUUUGUUUUCAAUUCUUUCAUAAAAAUUCUUUUACAAACAAUAAGAAAUUUUGUAGAAAUGAUAACAGCUUCUUUAUUUAUGAACCAAGAUGCAAAUAGAGAGCGAGAUGAUUGGUUAGAAUUUACUAGACUUCUUCCAUUUAAUAAUGAAUAUGAUAUUACAAUGGGCGUUGUAAUAAAAACAUAUUUAGAGAAAAUAAUUACUUAUGAAAAUCCUACAAGUGAGGAUUCUAAAAAAAAGGCGAUUGAAUAUUUAAAAUCUACUUUUAUAAGUGCUGAAAAUAUCGAAGAGGAUAUUGUGAAAUUUAGAUAUUUAUGGAAUUCGAUUGUUUAUGGGAUAAAAGUGGCGGAUAUAUUGGGAGUAGUUGACAAGAUAGAAUCGGAUAGAUUUUUAAAGGCAAAUAAUUGGCUACAGGAACGAAUUUAA